UUGAAUUCUAGAAACGCUCGUCAAUGCUGACACUGGCUGACACUGGCUAACACCAGCUGAUAGUUGAAUACCGCUCAAAACUUCUUGCCUAGUGCGCAUUCGAACAGUGCGCGCACAUUUCAGAGAUCCGACGUUGUGUGCAAGUUGAAAGACACACAACGCGAAAAUGUCGAACUUAAAGAUGAGCACACUUCUGUUGCUCAUUGGAAUAUGUUGUGCAGCGAAAGCGAGUCCCACCUUAAAAGCUCCGGUAUUUAGCAGAACAUACACGGUGAAAGGAACUUUGCAUAUACCUUACGCAGAAAUUGAAGAACCGUUUUAUGCGUGGUACGAUGGCAACAGUGGACGUAGUCGGAUUGAUUACUACGGAGGAAUGGUUGAAACCUAUCAAUUAUCUGACAGAGGAUUAUACGGAUCCAGCAUAAAAGUAGCACCUGUUACCACGGAAACUUUUACCAAUGUUAAUAUGUGUCUUGAGGUAAACGGCACUAGCGACAUGAAGAUACAAACCCAAUCCAUCGUUCCUGAUACAUCUGGAAUGGAGUGCAUCGGAGAAGAGAUGAUAAACGGGCUGUUAUGUGAAAAAUGGCGAUUGGUAGAAGAAGUUGGAGGAAAAACGAACAAGUAUACACUCUGGAUACGUUAUAAGAAAUCGCCAUCUCUACCGAAAACCAAGGAGCCCAUUCCCGUAAGAUACGAAAUGAGAGGUUUCAAUUCUCUUUUGGGUUCUCAUUACGAUCAUUAUUACUUGGAAUACGAUUGGUAUUCCUUUACCAAACCUUCCGAUGAUGUCUUUAAAAUUGGAGAAAAUAUUACAUGCACCAGUUUCCCAGGUCCGGGCGAAAAUCACAUUUACACUUUUAAUCCAAUGCGCGAAUUUGUUCAUAAUUACGAGGAUCAUUUGCACAAGGCGUUCGACAAGUUCAAGAAGACCCACAACAAGAAGUAUCUGAACGAGUUGGAUCAUAUGUAUCGUAAAAACAUAUUCCGGCAAAAUAUGAGAUUUAUCCAUUCCACGAACCGUGCUAAUUUGGGCUAUCAAUUGGCCGUGAAUCAUCUGGCAGAUCGCAACGAUCUUGAAUUGAAAGCUUUACGAGGUAAGCAAUACACUCCUGGCUCCAACGGCGGAGCAUCGUUCCCGCAUGAUGUCGAAAAGGAAAUCGCGGAUUGUCCCGACACUAUGGAUUGGAGGUUGUACGGUGCUGUAACGCCAGUCAAAGAUCAGUCGGUUUGCGGUUCCUGUUGGAGUUUCGGCACCACCGGAGCAGUGGAAGGCGCGUAUUACAUGAAAUACAAGAAAUUAGUACGUCUGUCUCAACAGGCUCUCAUCGAUUGUUCGUGGGGAUACGGUAACAACGGUUGCGACGGUGGCGAGGAUUUCCGUUCGUAUAAGUUUAUUAUGAAACAUGGUGGUUUACCCACAGAGGAAGAUUACGGUGGUUAUUUGGGACAGGAUGGAUACUGUCAUAUCGAUAACGUAACGUUAACAGCCAAGAUCACGGGCUAUGUCAACGUUCCUUCGGGCGAUGUAAACUCUUUGAAGAUCGCGAUUGCCAAGCACGGUCCUGUUUCUGUUGCCAUCGAUGCCUCACACAAGACAUUCUCUUUCUAUUCUAACGGAGUAUAUUAUGAUCCAACUUGUGGCAACACCGAGGACAAAUUAGAUCACGCUGUUUUGGCCGUUGGAUAUGGCACUAUGGAUGGAAAAGGUUAUUGGCUGAUCAAAAACUCCUGGUCCAAUUACUGGGGCAAUGACGGGUACAUACUAAUGGCCCAGAAAGACGACAAUUGUGGAGUUCUUCUUGCUCCCACUUAUGUUACUAUGUAACAGUGAUUCAAAUUUUUCUUUUUAAGACUCUGUUUAGAGCUCUCUAAUAUUAAAAAAAAGUAAGGAAAGAGGUUAAAUAAAAAAAAUAUAGCUAUUUAGUUUUUACGUGUUUUACGAUAAGCGUUAUAAAAUGUGAUUAUUUUGUUGAUAGAAUGCUCAUAUGUAAAAAUACGGAGAUGCUGUAAUAAUGAGAUGAAAUAAAUUGUAAUUAAUUUUUGUAAUGAAAAACAGGCCUGUAUACAUACAAAAUAUUUUCAUCAAUAUUGAAAGGUAGUUCGUUCGGCAAAUAAAGUCACAGUUUUAUGAGA